CAUAUUUGUCAUGUAUUUUAUUGAACAUAUAAACAAAUAGUAUAAUUAAAUUUGAUAUUACAGUUCGUUAUGGAAGUGAUCAAGGAAUGUUCUGCAUACUUGAGCAAUUAUGAAGUUUUAGACAUUCUACAAAAUAUAAAAGCAAAUAAAAAACAAAAAAUGAAGCAAAAUCAAUUGGCAACUAUAACAUAUCAAACUAUAAGAUAUUUAGAAGAGACUCCUUGUAAAAGACAGACACCUGAAAAAAUUAGGAGCUUUCUAAAAGCAAUGGAACCUUUUAAGUUAACAAAGUGUGAAAAAUUAACUCUUUUAAAUGUGUGUCCUAAGACACCUCUUGAAAUACAACUGAUUGUAGAAGAUAGUGAAGAUCGUUUGAAUGAUGAAGAGGUAGAAUCUUUACUUCAAGUAAUAACAAAUUACUUAGGUGAAGAUGAGCAAGAUGAGAAAGAUGGGUAA